AUGACCUCUGCCGGCGACGCACGUCAUGCCGGUGCUGCCGGUCCAUCGUCGGGCCUUUCGCCGGCUUUUGUCGAGGCGAUGGCUGGCCUGACGGCCGGAUCUACGGCGACGCUGGUCGUGCACCCGCUGGACAUUGUCAAGACGCGAAUGCAGAUUUACAGCAAAACGGAUGCACACGGCACGGCUGCGGUGCGCCCAUCGACGGCCUCCGUCGUGCGCAGUCUGCUCGACGCGCCGCGCCCGCUCGCGGCGCUCUACCGCGGCCUGGCGCCCAACCUGCUCGGCAACGGCGCCAGCUGGGCGGCCUUCUUCUUUUUCAAGUCGAGGAUGGAGACGCUGCUGCGGGCCACCGCCGCCGCGCCCGGCCACGACUUGCGCGCGCCGCACUACUUUGUGGCCUCGGGCCUCGCGGGUGCCGGCGUCCAGAUCCUGACCAACCCGCUGUGGGUGCUCAAGACGCGCAUGCUCUCGUCCGACCGCCACGCCGCCGGCGCCUACCCGAGCAUGUGGGUGGGUGCGCGGCGGGUCCUGGCGCACGAGGGCUGGCGCGGGUUUUACCGCGGGCUGGGCGUCAGCCUGAUUGGCGUCUCGCACGGCGCCGUGCAGUUUGCCGUCUACGAGCCGCUGAAGCGGUUCGUGCGUCGUGGCCCACAAGACGGGCCGUCCGCCGUCAAGGCCAGCAACGAGUCGACCCUCGUCGUGUCGUCCCUGGCCAAGCUCGUGGCCGGCGCCGUGACGUACCCGUACCAGGUGGUGCGCAGCCGGCUGCAAAACUACAACGCCGAAGCGCGCUUUGGGCGCGGCAUUGUCGGCGUGUCGCGGCAGAUUUGGCGCGAGGACGGCGCCCGCGGGUUCUACCGGGGUCUGGUCCCGAGCGUUGUGCGCGUGAUGCCGGCGACGUGGGUGACGUUCUUGGUCUACGAGAAUGUCAAGUACUACCUGCCGCGGUGGAUGGCAUAG